AUGGACAAAACUACCUCCGUGCUUGCCGCUUUCGAGGCUGGGAAGCUUCCAUCGACUCAACAGGUCAACCAAUUUAUCGAUUGGCUCAACGAUGUCGGUAUUGCGCAAAUCGAACCGACUGAGAACACGGAGCUCAGCGCCCAAGGGCGAGUACUUGCGAACGACUUUCGGGGCGUCCUCGAGGCUUAUAAGCAGCUAGGAACGCACAAAAAUUCCGACAACGCUCUCCAAGAGGCCAUCUGGCAUUUGACAGAGGGCGACCUCCAUGUUACGCCCGAAGCAGAAGCCGACAAGGACCAAGCUCUCGAUGACCUCAACGCCAUUCGUCGUUCUUUACGUGCACUACUCUCUAUCGUUUGGUCGAGUGCCUCAUCUGAGGGCACUUCGAUCGUCCAGGAUCUUCUCUCUAUUAUGCGCCUCUCCCUCGCAGACGCAGCUGAGGUUAUUGAGGACAAAGCCGGGCUGGCGAAGGAGAGCCUUCGUCAUAUCGAAGACGAGGUUCAGGAGGGCAAGCGUGAUUCGCUAGGGCGGGACAAACAGCGUUUGGAGGAGGAGCAAGACGCGAAGAUCGCAUGGCAGCAUGGCAUGGACACCGUUAAGAAUGCGGGAACAACCGCGAUCGGAGCUGCGCAGAGCGGGUCGGCUACGGUCGAGGAGAAGAAGGAACAGACGACGACCCGGAUCCAGGAUGCUUACUACAAAAUUUUCGACCGCGCCCAAUCCGACGAAGAUUACCGUCAAGCACUCGAUACGAUCUUCGACAUCAUUCAGAGACGACUCAACCGAACCAUCGACGCCGCUUCAGAUCCCCAGGUUACCCUCUCAAGCUUCAUCGCUGAUCCCUCUCCUGAGCAGCACAUCCCGAAGGCUCUCGCUCUUGUGCGAAGCCUCGUCGAACGGCUGGCAGGUACUUCACUUGAGCCACUCAUCCAAUGCGCACGCGGAUGCGCUAACACCGUUGUGCGGGAUGACGAACUCAAGGCGUGGUUCGAUGACUUCAUUGGAACGACGAGGAAGAACCUCGCCGAGCCUGGAUAUGCUCGUUCUGACGAGGCACAGGCGAAACGUCGCGAGCUUCGUGUGCGCUGGCGUACUUCGUUGGAGAAGGACGAGAAGUGGAAAGCUGCAGUGGAUAGUGCCAAGGCGGAACUGAGCAAGAUUGAUGAAGGUCUCCGAAACGAUGAGGACCUCAACAGGUUGAAAGCGUCUCAUCAGAAGCUCGGCGACGAUAUCGAGCAGGGUUUGGUCGAGGCGGGGAAGGAGGCACAGACCGGCAUGCAGGCUGCUAUCGAGCAGGCCACUUGGUUCUGGCAGGAUUUGUUCAAGGUCUACAUCCCAAGAGUUCUGACGAAGAUGCGCGACCUGCCUAUCCCGAGGACGGAAUACAAAGAUUCGGACAUCGAAUUCGUCCUCGAAAAUCUCGACAUCUCUUCCUUCAAUAUUCUUCCGUCCCACGUAUACAUUCGCAAUAUAACCGACGUCGACAUCCAAACCUCUGCCAAACCAGCGACUCCCUCCCACACCAAAGUGGGCACGCUUACCCACAUCCAAAUCCAAGCCUUACAGCUCUCCCUCAAAGACGUUUCAUUCUGGUACAAAGCCAAGAACGCUUCCGCUCUCGAGCCGGGCGAGCUCACAGGCCUUCUCGGUUUAAAACUGCCCGAGAAAGGCAUCGACGUCGACCUCAAGGUCCGGCUCAUCCCCGAACACACCAAGGGUCCCCACUCGCGCGAAGCGCUCAAACACUUCAACAUCAUCGAGCGCGCUGUCGUCACCAUCUCGAACGACGUCGGCAUCGAGGUGCGCGAGAGCAACCACGCGCUGCUCACGACGCUCUUCCGCCCGGUCGUGGUCUCGCGUGUGCGGGAGGCCCUCGAACGCACGCUCAGCGAAACGCUGCACGCGCUCGUGGACUACGCGGAUGGGAUCGCGUAUGAUGUGCGUAGGCGCCGGCAAGUCUUCGAGGACACGGGUCUUGGUGGUGGUGGGUCGCUCAUGGCGGCGAUCUGGAGCGAGGUUGGGCGCCUCGAGCGCGAGUCCCGCGCUGGGCCUGUCGAGGUGGACUGGAAGGCGACUGGGACGGGUGUUGUUCUUGAGCACCGCACGGCGGUUGGUGGCGACGAGUUUGGAGAAGGCGCGGAGGUCAAGACGAAGGCUUUUGCAAUGGGCGCCGAGCCGCAGAUCCUCAGCGGUGAGAAACGCGGCCCGUUGGGCACCGGCUCCGAGAAGAUUGCGGACAAACUUGGUCGCGCCGGCGAGGAGCUUGGCCUCACCCCGGAGAUGCAGGAAAACAUUCGAGAAUCGAGCAUGGAGGUGGAUAUUGGCGAGACCGCUCGAGAUGCUGCGGAUGAACUUGGAGCCAAGGCGAAGGGUGUCUUGAAGGAGGGUAAGAAACAGAUCACUGACUUCAGAAGGAGCGUAGAGAGGAAGAGCCAGAUGGAGCAGAGUCGGCAGGGAUGGCAGAGCGCCAACUUCGAUCUUUAG